GAUUGCUCUCGAAGUCAGUCACUGAGGCAGUCGAGUAUUGCGUCCGUGGAGAGCGGGUGAUGUGGUUGGUCCAUGUGUGUGCGCGGGCGUGUGUGUGCGUAUAGUGUGUGCGUCGAGUGUGUGGGAGGGAAAUUGUGUCCGCCGAUCCUGUAUGGGAAAAAAACACGUGGUUCCUGUGUUCUAUUUCGACAAGGAUUUUUAUUACGAUUGUCUGAAGUUACCGAGUUUUAACUACAGUGCCUUUUGCUAUUGAGGAUUCUCCGGACAUGUGAGGAAAAGAAGGUGUGAGCGUCUGGUUCAGCAUGCGGUUGGCUGAGGAUUCUGCCCAGGAUGAGACUGUCCGUGCAUCUGCUGGCCUGCUGUGUCUCCUUUCUGCUGGGAUUCAUCCUCUUCUGCCUCUAUGGCGGUUUUGGUAACCCUGGACAGUCCUAUUUUAGGCUUCCUCCAGCAACGAGAUACAACCUUAAAGAGGAAGACAAACCAGGUUAUGGCGAUGUUGGAAUAUUACAGAAAUUAGGCGUUGAAUUUUUGAAAGACUUUAAGAAUCCCUGUUGGUAUGAAUAUGUGGAGGAAGAGAAGCAGAUUAACUUUUACCAAGAAAUUAUCAAGUCUUCUUCACGGCUCAGAUACGUUACGAGGAAGAAUUCAGGCACAGUCCUACGCUGCCUGCCCUACUUCUUCCUAGUCGGGCAGCCGAAGUGCGGAACCACCGAUAUCUUCCAGCGAAUUAAUUCCCACCCUGACGUCAUCCAGCCGGCUCUGAAAGGACCGCACUGGUGGACGCGAAGGAGAUAUGGACAACCCUCCUCGGACAGGCCGGUAUCCUUCAUGGAGUAUCUGGCGCUCUUUAACUACGCCGCCACCAAGAUCGAGGAGCAGUGGGUGCUUUCCGGCAACAAGCAAUUCCACGAGAGGAUCACCGGCGAUGGAAGCACGUCGACCUUGUGGGACAGCAGCCAAACCAUGACUUAUUUAUACUCCGUGCUGGAUGACAGCGACGUGGACGAGUUGGUCAUGGACUACGUGGCUAAAAGAAAUGGCUCGUUGAAAAGGGCGAGGGUUAACGGCGUAUUAAAUAAUGUUUUUAUUAGAGGAAGGACGAAGAGGGAUCGGUUUGAUUGCUGUUAUGAUGGUUCUAAAGAUGGUGAUUUUAAUGCGAGAGUGGAGAAAGUGACAUAUAGUCAGAACUAUAGUAUUCAACCGGGAGCAGUGUUGCCAAUCACGGUGGCUGAUGUUAUACAUUCAGUUAUUCCAAACUCAAGAAUUAUAGCAGUGAUAAGGGAACCGGUGUCAAGGUUGUAUUCCAGUUACCUGUUCUUCAAUCUAAGAUCAGCUGUCUCACCUGAGAGAUUUGACCUCUUAGUCAAGAGCUCCCUUGAAAUGUGGGAAAACUGCACAACAGAAUACUCAGUGAGAAGUUGUGCCUACAAUAAAACAUUGCAAAAUUCCAUGGGUGUUCGUUUGUAUAAUGGGUUGUAUAGUGUAUUUCUGUGCGACUGGCUGAAGGUGUUUCCUCGAGAACAGGUGCUAGUUGUCAGAAUGGAGGAUUACCAUCAAGAUAUGGUCUCUUCAUUAGCUACAAUCUACAAUCAUCUUGGCUUAAGACCCCUGACUGAUGACGAAGAAGAGGUAGUCAACACAGAACCAAUACACAAUAAAAGCAAGAGGAAAAAGACUGUAGGCAAGAUGCUCAACUCUACUGCUUAUAUUCUGCGAGAGUUUUACAGAAAGUUUAACUCGGACUUGGCGGAGCUCUUGGGAGACUCGAGAUUUACUUGGGAAGACACAUAUGCUACAUGGUAGUCCUUUAUUUUUAAAUUCACACUUACAAGGAAGGGUUGUAUUUUUUCCAGUCAAAGGCUUGGUGUUUAUUUGGAUGAAGUGCAGUAAUGGAUGAACAUAUUGUGUUAUAUUGAUGAACAAUGUUUGGUACAAUUAUAAGCCAGUUUUAUACCUUUUUUUCUUUCUCUUUUUAGAAGUUUACUAUACAAUUUUUAUUUAUCCAGAGUCUAGUAUAUUUGUAUUAUAUCAUUAUUAUUUAUUCUUAUAAUCAUCAUGUCUUUUGAUUUUUAUUGCUAUUCAUAAACAUCUUAGUUUUUACAAGAAAAUGAAAUCAUGAAAAUCUUUUAAAAAUGUUUAUCCUUCUUCCACAUCUGAGAAGCAGAGUGGAUAUAUUCUGCCUUGCCUUGUGAUCUACUUCAUAUUGAAGUUCAGUGACUCAUUAAAUGACUAAUAAACAAGUUCUUUGUUGUACAAAGACCAUGGACUUAACUGUUUUUAUCUCUUAAUUAUUGAAAAGUGUCAGAUAUGGAUCUGUGGAGGCCAUAUUUUAAUAAUAAUGUGUUUUGGUCUGUUGUAUCAUUUUAACAAAAAUGUUUUUUGGAACUUCUGUAUGAUCAAAAUACUUAUUUGAAAUAAUCCAUUUUAUUGAUCUAUUUAUAACUCCUCACCAUAAUGUAUGUCAUAUUAACAAAUACAGCAAGAAAUAAAAGAAAAUGGAAAUAAAUCUUCGCAUACAUGAA